ACAAGCAAGCAUCACACUACACACCUAGUCAUCAUGUCCGGCGCACCCAAGGAGCAGCAGAGCAAGAGCCUCGAGUUCACCCCCAUCCACCCGUUCGACCUGGAGAACCCCAAGACCUGGGGCGCGACCAUUGGUGGCCUCAACUGGGACAACGACAAGAUUGUCUUCUCGAAGCGCUCGCUCCUCGAGUUCCUCAAGUCGUGCCAGCUCACCGUCAACACCAACUUCACCGAGAUCCAGAAGCUGUACGCGACCUUUGGCCGCUUCUCUCAGGCUGCGACCGACGCCGCUGUUGCCGACCUCGUCGAGGUGCGUUGCGUUGUCGUCCCGUCACCGACCGCGACCCUGACCGCCGCUGACCCUACUCCCCUGCAGGCCGAGAUUGCCGACCCGUCCAAGCCCGAGGACAAGGAGGCGUCGGGGAGCACCGGCCAGCGCACGACGCGCAAGGUGAUUGACCCUCCUGGAGGCAAGCAGAGCCUCAAGAUCUACGGCGAGGAGUACGAGGAGGCCGACGCCCUGUCGCUUGCCCCUCCGCCCAACGGAGGCAGCGGCGUCGACGUCGACGUCGACCGCAUGCAGCACCUCAAGGUGCACGUCGAGCCCGAGGUCGACGGCGGCGCGACGAUCGAGGACAUUGACGACGCGGUCAAGGGCGCCGAGGCCAAGGCGGACGCUGGUGCGGCUGCCGCCAAAGCUGACGACGAGCGCGUCUCCAACGCCCCUGCUGGCUUCCGUCCGACCCGCAAGGUCCGCGAGGGGCCCGGUGGCAAGUCGCAGAUGGGCUCGGUGUUGUUCGGCGGAUACGAGGACGAGACGGAGGAGGACCGCGCGGCAGCCCGUGCGCCCACCGGCGGCAAGCGCCAGGCGCAGCAGACUUCGGGCGGUGGCCUGUGGUAGUAGCGUGCACCCGGCUAGACUAAUACCUUUUUCUAUGCAUUUGUCGUCGUCGU